CUCAUUCAUUCAUUCAAUCCAUAUACGUAUUAGAAAUUCUCUUUGCAUUAUUCGGUGAUCCAUGGCGGCGUCGCGGCGGCUCCGGGAGCUGCAAUCGAUGCCGGGGAACAAGAUCUGCGUUGACUGUUCCCAGAAGAAUCCUCAGUGGGCCUCCGUCUCCUACGGCAUCUUCAUGUGUCUCGAGUGCUCCGGCAAGCACCGCGGCCUCGGCGUCCACAUCUCCUUCGUCCGAUCCGUCACCAUGGACGCCUGGUCCGAGAUCCAGAUCAAGAAGAUGGAGGCAGGUGGCAACGACAGCCUCAACGCCUUCCUCGCUCGCUACUCCAUCCCCAAGGAAACCGACAUCGUCACCAAGUACAACACCAACGCCGCCACGCUCUACCGCGAUCGCAUCCAGGCCAUCGCCGACGGCCGUCCCUGGCGUGAUCCGCCUGUUGUCAAGGAGAAUUUGUCUGCUAAGCCGCCGCUUUCGCAGCCUCGCCGGAACGGCGGAGGUGGAGGCGGAGGCUGGGAUGAUUGGGGUAACGAUGGCGCGGAUGUUAGGAGCAGGUCGACCGGGGACUUCAGGAGCAUGAGCGGUGGCGGCGCGCCGGUGAAGUCGAGGUCGUCGGAGGAUAUUUACACGCGGUCGCAGCUGGAGGCUUCGGCGGCGAAUAAGGAGGGCUUCUUCGCUAGGAAGAUGGCGGAGAACGAGUCGCGACCGGAUGGGCUUCCGCCGUCGCAGGGUGGGAAGUACGUCGGGUUUGGAUCCAGCCCUGCGCCACCGUCGCAGAGGAGCAAUCCGCAAAACGACUAUUUGUCUGUCGUUUCACAGGGGAUUGGUAAAUUGUCGCUGGUUGCUGCCUCUGCGGCACAGUCUGCUGCUACUGUUGUUCAGGCAGGCACAAAAGAGCUCACUUCUAAGGUCAAGGAAGGUGGUUAUGAUCAAAAGGUCAAUGAAACUGUCACUGUUGUCAGUCAAAAGACAUCAGAGAUUGGACAGAGGACUUGGGGUUUAAUGAAAGGGGUCAUGGCUAUAGCUUCACAGAAGGUUGAAGAGUUAACCAGAGAUAACCCAAAUUGGAAGACUAAUAACUGGCAACAAAAUGAGAAUGAUAGAAAUGGUUACUAUCAGGAUUUCAAUAGUGAGAAUAAAGGCGGGAGUUCUUCUGCUGUUAGAGAACAAUCUUCAUCAGGACAGUUUAAAACUCAAAGCUCCAGCUCUUGGGAUGAUUGGGACCACAAAGACCCUAGGAAGGAAGAACCAGCUAAAAAAUCGCCUCCACUGUCAUCUGGUGAGCAGUUUGGUACUUCCAACUCAAGCUCUUGGGAUGAUUGGGACCACAAAGACUCUCGGAAGGAAGAACCAGCUAAAGGAUUGGCUCCUCAUAAUCAUGAUGAUGGUUGGGCUGGCUGGGAUAAUAAUGCCAAAGAUGAUGGAUUUGAUAAUUUUUAUGAGGAUGAAUAUAAUAAGAAAGCUCCUGGUCAUAACGGGAAAUCCGAUUCCAAUUGGACAGGAGGAGGCUUUCUCUAAGGUUUGAUCCAUCUCUAUUACCAGUUUCAUGAUUGCUCCAUCAGUAAACAAAUACUGUGGAUGGCAUGCAGGCCAAGCAGGGAUGCCACUGAACAUGAUGAAUGUGAGCCGACUCUGCUGUAACUUAUAAGUCCGUCAUUUGGACUUUAAACUGUGCAGGAAGAAAGAUUUUUUUUUGAGGUUGGUAUAUGUUCAGCAAGUCUUUUAUGAGGAUUUUCAUUAUUCUAUAUUAUCUUCCCCUUUGUAACAUUUUUCUCAUGUAAUAUUUUGGGAACUUCUGUUGAAAAGGUAGUUUUACAUGUGCAAGUGUCCAAAGAAAGGGCCAAUUGCUCAAAAGAACUUAAUUCUGAAGAACAUUAUUACUCUCGACUUGUGAUGAAACAUUGUUGUGACAUGAACAUUUUAGAAUUGUUUUGAA